AAUGCUCUUCAGUCAUUCUUUGCCUGACAUGAUGGACCGUGCCGUGCCAUGACCAUGACCACUAGCGAUCCUCUACUACGACUACUUUCUCACCCUGCCCACCGAAAUCGCCUACUUCUGGCCUCCGAAACAUAAACUAACAUGGGCAUCCUCUUUCUUCAUCGCCAAUCGAUACUUAUCCCUCCUCGGACACGUGCCUGUCAUAUUUGAGAUAUUCGUCAGUGGAGAUGUGGAGUUGAAGAAAAUGCUGUGUGGGCCGUUGCGAUCAUAUCAUCAGUAUUAUGCGGUGGCCAUGCAGGUUCUCGUCGGUAUUCUAUGCAUGAUGCGCACCUACGCGCUUUACAACCGCUCCUGGCGCGUCCUCGGCUCCCUCAUCGCAAUAUCCAUCGGUAGCGUCGUCGUCGCGUGCUGGGCGAUCCUAACGAGUCCGAAGGAACGAGCGGUCAGGCUCGAUGUUAGUGUGCCGGGGUGUAAUCCUCUCAUGUCACAGGACCAGGGCAAACGUCUCGCAUAUGCGUGGACCGGUGUGCUCGUGUUCGAUACGGCCAUCUUUGGGCUUACGAUUUGGAAGACGUUGGCGACGAUGCGGGUGUUUUCAACCGGCGGUGGGAGGGGCGGAAGAUUGUUGGCCGUGCUUUUGCGGGAUGGCGCUAUGUAUUUCUUGAUUCUAUUUGCGGCCAAUCUGUCUAAUAUUCUACUUCUUCUUUUCGCAACCCCGCUUCUCAAGAGCGUGAACGUCACGCUCACGAACGUCCUAUCCGCGACCCUCAUAUCCCGCCUGAUGCUCAAUAUCCGUUCCGCCUACUCCCUUUCUACCCGCCGUCGUCGACCGAAAUAUGACAGACACAAUUCGAGCGGCCGACUAAGUCAACCGAAUCCUUCCCGAACCCACGACUGGCCUCACACUCAGGAAGGUACUCACGCUGAUGCCCACACCAACGCCCAUACUCGUAUACAUACACACACCCAUCAUCGCCCAGACGGCGGACACGGGCGCAAAUAUCAAGUCGCCUGGACGGCGGAUCCGGAGGGGAGUGAUUCGUCUGGUAUGGGCUGGAGCGGAGGACAAACGGAGACGGGAACGUCGGGGAUUUAUUUGGAUACGGUAAUUCAGAUGCCGAGCACGAGGAUCGGGACGGGGUCGGGGUCGGGGUCGACUUGGAGUUUUGGGGAGGGAGGGGCGGCUAUAGCUGGGGUCGACGAGCCGAGUGUGAGGGUACGCAUGGAUGAUGGGAUUGGUUCUGGAGGAAGUAGAGCGUCGAAUGGGGGUUUGGUGGAUGAGGCUGAGGGCGAGGGUGCUGAGGGGGAUAAUGAUAGGGAUUGGAUGGGUUGGAUGGACGGUGGUGGAGGUGGUAGAGUGGGGGAUGUUGAGAUGUUCGCGGAGAGUUUUCCAAGUGCUAAUUCGGUUCGGGGGCCAGAUGAAUACGGUAUCGAGAUGGUACCUCGCCGAAUUAUUGAAAGGUAGGAAUGCGCUGUGUAUAAGUAUCCGUAGCGCAUUGCAAUUACAUGAUCUUUUGCGAAU